GAGGCUGGGACGGCAAUCAGCAGCACGCGAAACAGUAGUCUCGUCGCUGAGGACGGGCAAACUAUCGACGGGGACUCGAAUUCGGGUGAAUCAGGGUUAAUUGUCGGUCUGGGUAGGGGGGAUAUGGACAAUGAUCAGGAGGGCCGAUGGGUUGCAGAUGCAGAUGGGUUUGUGAGGAGGGUAGGUGGCGAGGGUGACGGAGAGGGCGUGAAAGAGACCCGUGGAUGGGCGAUGUGA